ACAAAGCAAACGGGCACGUCUGUUAUGGAUAUCCUAGUAACAUUGGUUGUCAGUUCGACUGAAUGGUUCACAAAUAACGAACAAUACUUCCAUCCUUCAAACUCAUAUGCUGAUGAAUUGGAAGAGAAUGAAGAUAUCAACCAUAUUGCCAAUAGAGUCCAUGUUGCAUCGGAAAUAUUGUCAUGUAAGAUAUGGCUUGUCUCUGAAACUCUUGUUGAAGAGACUCCACUGUUGUCAAAAUUGUGGACAUUUCUAGACGAAGACUUCAGCCCUUCAUGUCCAACCAUUCAAUUCUUUGUCAAGAUUAAUGAACAGUUGUUGGAAUCAAGACCAGACCAAAUGUUGAACUUUAUAAGGUCACAGGAUAAUUUGGUCGAUAGAUUCAUAAGGCACAUUGAUAUCACAAUCAUUAUGGAUUUCCUCUUGAGGAUUAUUACCACCGAUAAGACCGACAUACCGAGCGGCAUUAUUGAAAUCCUAUCAGAACAGAGACUUGUUAAGAAGUUACUUGACCUGCUGGAGAAUGAUUCAGAUACUUCGACACAGUCAUCAUGCGGUGAUUUCUUGAAGGCAUUGAUCUCUAUAAGUGCAAACACAUCAAUUGAUGAAAACACAAUAGGUCCAAACAUGUUGACUAGAGAACUGGUGGAUGAUGCACGCGUCGACCAGAUCAUUAGAAUCAUCUUGAAGAGAGGAAACGGACUGAGUACAAUUGUCGGUGUUGUUAUUGAAAUAAUUAGAAAAAACAACUCGGACUAUGACCCUUUCAAUAUCAUAUAUACAUCCGUGGAAUCUCAUCCACCAAGUACAAGGGAUCCAGUUUUCUUGGGUAAGAUGUUGAACAAAUUCUCCGAUAGAUUAGAUGACUUCAACAGUAUACUGGUUGAUCCAAAGCUUACUUCCAAGAGAAUAAAAACACAGAUCAACAAAGAUAUCGAACCUUUGGGGUUUGAAAGAUUUAAAAUUUGUGAGUUGGUUGCAGAACUCUUGCAUUGUUCAAACAUACAACUUUUAAACAACCAUUUAACACCGAGUGUGGUUGCUGAACGUGAACGAAUAAUCCUUGAACAAGAGUCUAACUUGGCUAACGCACUAAAUGACGAUAUAACGAAUCACCCAAACACAACAGCAGCCAAGGGAAAUAACAGUCUCAACUUGUCAAACUUGAAUAUUGGAACUUCUGAACCGGUUGUGGCUGUGAAUGAGAAGCACAUCACAAUACCCCCUCAUUCGAACCCAACUGCUGGAUCGGAACCCCUUCAAAGCGGUGAAUUACCCCUUGCAGAUCAAAUAUCCGACUCUAAAGUUGUUGGUAAGAGAGAUGAAAUUCAUGCCAACCCAACUAUUGGUGACUAUUUCAAGAUUCAAUUGGUGAAGUCUUCAGUUCUAGAUACAAUCAUUGAAAUGUUCACCAAAUACCCUUGGAAUAACUUUUGGCAUAACGUUGUUUUUGACAUUGUACAACAAGUGUUCAAUGGUCGCAUAGAUCAGGGGUAUAACCAGUUCUUGAUCCUUGAACUUUUCGACAAAUGUGACAUCACCAAUCUCAUAAUCAAUGCAUACAACCUCUGCUUGGAUAUCGAAGUUACAUCAAACGUCCGUUUAGGCUAUAUGGGUCAUCUAGUUCUUAUCGCAGAGGAAGUUGUCAAGUUCUCUUCCAUUUUCCAGAACAACAAGUUCAACGACCCUGAGAUUGAUGAUUUGAUCUACUCCAAACUGGUUGAACCAUCUUGGGUUUCAUAUGUUACUAAUGUAUUAACUGAAACCAGAGAACAGUACAACUGUGUUCUUGGAGGGAUUAAGACCGACGAGUUCCAACAGGGCGACUUUUUGAAUCCAAGUGCAAUUAUUCUUGGUAAUAGCGAGGAUGAAAUCCUAAACCAGGAAACCAGCGAUAACGAAGAAGAUGUUGCACCAUUAGAUGAAGUCUUUUAUGACGGUGUUGAACACCAUGAUAGUGCCGAUAAUGAUCAACAAAUGACAGUUUAAUCUUCCCCUUGUGUUAAUAUUCCAAAAUUGAAACGGGUUGAAUUUGUUGAUGGUGGUUCUUCUAACCCUUAUUGUGCCUAUGUCUAUAUGGCUAAAUACGAAGCCCAUGAUCUAGCAUUAUUUGUUUUUUUGACUGUUUGUUUGUUUUUGAUGGUGUUCUAUAGUGAUUAGUAAUUUCGCUAAACAAGUCUUUCUUGACUUCAUUCCAUCUUAUUGAUUAUUGCCUGUAAUUUAAAACAAAUUCACCAAAU